UUCCUCCCCCUCGCCGCCAUCGCCGCCGUGGCAGUCUUCCUCCGGGCACCGGCGGCAGCCGCCGAGCCCAUGACGGAGGCGGAGGCGCUUAUGCACCUGAAGAAAUCCUUCUCCAACUCCUCCUCCCUCUCCUCGUGGCUCAUCACCGACACCAACAAGUCCCCCUGCGCGCCGGGGUCGCACGAGUGGCACGGCGUGGUGUGCGCGGGCGGCAAGGUGGCCGGGCUCCGGCUCAGCGGGCUGCAGCUGGGCGGCACCAUCGACGUCGACGCGCUGUCCGCGUUCCCGGACCUCCGCUCCGUCUCCUUCGCGGGCAACGCCUUCGCGGGCCCGCUCCCGGGCUUCCACCGCCUCACGGCGCUCAAGUCCAUGUUCCUCUCCGACAACGCCUUCUCGGGCCACAUCCCGGACGACUUCUUCCCCAACCUGGGCCACCUCAAGAAGCUCUGGCUCGACCGCAACCACCUCUGGGGCCCCGUCCCGCCGUCCGUCUCCCAGGCCGCCGCGCUCAUCGAGCUCCACCUCGAGCGCAACGCGCUCUCGGGAGCCAUCCCGGACGUCGCGCCGCCCGCAGGGCUCAAGUCGUUCGAUGUGUCGGAUAACGAUUUGGACGGCGUCGUCCCCGAGCGGUUCCGGCGGCGGUUCCCCGCUGACGCGUUCAAGAGGAACCAGUUCCUCUGCUACGACGUGCCCCCGAGCCCCGGGAAGGUCUGCAAGCGCGUCGAGGCCACGCACGCCGUCUGCUCGGACCGGACCGUCUUGUUGCUGGCCGCGGUGAUUGUCAUGGGGAUCGUCAUGGUCGUCUUCCUCCGCGCGUGCGGCGGUGGGGGCUCCCCGGGCCGGGUGUCCGAUGGAGGAGGAGCGGGGAUUAAGGGGGACAUGGACGAGGCCACGCCGCCGGUUUACAUGGUGAAGCAGGGGUCGACGUCGACGGGGAGCACGGGGAGGCGGAGCACGUCGUGGCUGGGGCGGAGGUCGGCGUCGUCGUCGCAGGGCGGGGCCCACCGGCGGUCGGCGUCGGCGGCGAAGGCGGACGACGGGAGCACGGGCGGGGGUGACCUGGUGAUGCUGAGCGACUGCAAGGGGGUGUUCGGGCUGACGGACCUGAUGAAGGCGGCGGCGGAGGUGAUCGGCGGCGGCGGGAGCGGGUCGUCCGCCUACAAGGCGGUGAUGGCCAGCGGGGUCACCGUGGUCGUGAAGCGUGCCCGCGACAUGAACCGGGCACCCACGAGAGAAGCCUUCGAGGCCGAGAUGAAGCGCCUGGGCGGCAUGCGGCACGCCAACCUGCUCCCGCCGCUGGCGUACCACUACCGCAAGGACGAGAAGCUGCUGGUGUACGAGUACAUCCCCAAGGGCAGCCUCCUCUACGUGCUCCACGGCGACCGGGGCAUGGACUACGCGGCCCUCGCCGACUGGCCCACCAGGCUCAAGGUCGCCGCCGGAGUCGCCCGCGGCGCCGCCUUCCUCCACGCCGGUGCCGGAUCAUCAUCGUCAUCACAGGACGAGGUGCCGCACGGCAACCUCAAGUCGUCCAACGUGCUCCUGGCGCGGGACUUUGAGCCGCUGCUCGUCGACUUCGGCUUCUCGGGGCUCGUCAGCUACGGCGCGCAGUCACCGUCCAUGUUCUCCCGGCGGGCGCCCGAGUGCUCGUCCGGGCAGCAGGCGACGCCCAAGGCCGACGUGUACUGCCUCGGCGUCGUGCUCCUGGAGCUCCUCACGGGGAAGUUCCCCUCGCAGUACCUCCAGAACGCCAAGGGCGGCACGGACCUCGUCAUGUGGGCCACGUCGGCGCUCGCCGAGGGGUACGAGCAGGACCUCUUCGACCCGGCCAUCGUGGCGAACUGGAAGUUCGCGCUGCCGGACAUGAAGCGGCUCAUGGAGGUCGCCGUGAAGUGCGUGGAGAGCGACGUGGGGAGGCGGCCGGAGAUGAAGGACGCUGCCGCCAGGGUGGAGGACGCGGUGGCCGCGGCGCUGGCCACGGUGAGUGAGAGGCAGCAGGCCGGCGGGAGAUCCAUGAAACGGGUCACAAGCGUCGUUGAGCGGUCGUCGCGGUGAGCCGGCGGCAGGCUAGCUGGGCGCCGGGGUCAGAAUUUUCUAAGUCGAUGGCAUCGGUCCUUUUUACCCAGCCAUUGCUUUACUAGUCAUCACCACCUGUACAUGUACAUGUAGCUCCAAAAAUGAGCAAUCAAAAUAAGUAUAGAAGUGGUACUGCACACCUUUUCAAUUA